AGACUGUAGGUCAGUACAUAGUAGCUACAUCAUCAAUACAGACGAAGCUUUGACAGAUGAUUUUGGACCACUAGCUAGCUACACUAUUAUCAGACAGAUUACUGUAAAUGUUCUUCCCACAGUGCGUGAGGCAGUAAGGCAGUGAUGGGUCAUCAUUGGCCACCUGAUGCUAUGACGACUCGACUCCAUAGAACUCUGUCUGCAGUUGUACUUAGCAUGUUGCUAGCCUAGCCUGUAGAGCCAGCACAGUGUCAGAGAUCCCUGUACUUCAGCCUGGACUGUCCAGAUGUAGAACUACCUGACCGCCUAUCAUCUCAAUCCUCCUCCGGCACACGACUAGCGUUAAAUCCGGAGGACGAUGCAGACAAUGAGUUAAUGUACAUUUCAGCGUCUGCUUUGGACACAGACUCUUCAAACGGACCAGAGGACUUGGCCUAAAGCUGUCGUGGUGUGCAGCCUCUUUGCUCUCUGUGUCUCUCCGGCUGUUGAGUAGCAUGACUUGGUUUACGUUUCCUGGUGACAACCUGCUGUGCAGAUGUCUUGGCAUCUCCAUCACUGCCUGGUUGACUCUUCUGUUUGUCUUCAUAAUUGUGCCAGCUGUACUUGGAGUCUCUUUUGGUAUCCGCAGACUCUACAUGAGGACACUUCUCAAGAUCUUUGCGUGGGCAACCUCACGGAUGGAGAUGGGAGCAAAGGAAAAGAAUCAGCAACUCCAUAAACCAUAUAGCAAUGGAAUCAUAGCCAAAGAAUCACCAUCGUCCUUGCAGCAGGAGCUCCAGGAGCUCCGAGGUUCUGCCAGCUGUCCGCGCUCAGAGCCGGAGUUUGAGAUGGCUGACAUCUUCUACUUCUGCCGGAGAGGUGUGGAGAGCAUCUUGGAUGAUGAGGUGACCAAGCGCUUUUCGGCCCAGGAACUGGAGAGCUGGAACUUACUGACUCGAAGCAACUACAACUUCCGUCAUAUCAGUCUGAGACUCACUGUCCUGUGGGGCCUGGGAGUCCUCAUCCGCUACGGCAUCCUGCUGCCUCUAAGGGUUACUCUGGCCAUCACUGGCAUUAGUCUGCUUGUAGUCCUGACUACUUUGGUGGGCUUUUUACCAAAUAGAGAGUUAAGGUUCUACCUGAGUGAGAAGGUUCAUCUGAUGUGUUUCCGCAUCUGUGUGCGAGCUCUUACAGCAAUCAUCACCUAUCAUAACAGAGAGAACAAACCAAAGAAUGGCGGUAUCUGUGUGUCCAAUCACACAACACCCAUUGAUGUCAUCAUCUUGGCCAAUGAUGGCUGCUACUCUAUGGUUGGCCAGGUACAUGGAGGGUUGAUGGGAAUGAUGCAGCGAGCCAUGGUCAAAUCCUCUCCUCACAUCUGGUUCGAAAGAUCAGAAGUCAAAGACAGACACCUAGUGGCCAAAAGACUAAGCGAUCAUGUUGCUGACAAAACGAAACAGCCCAUCCUGAUCUUCCCUGAGGGUACUUGCAUCAACAACACAUCAGUGAUGAUGUUCAAAAAGGGCAGCUUUGAAAUUGCCUGCACAGUCUAUCCAGUUGCCAUUAAGUAUGAUCCACGGUUUGGGGAUGCUUUCUGGAACAGCAGUAAGUUUGGCUUGGUGAAUUAUCUGCUGAGGAUGAUGAGCAGCUGGGCCAUUGUCUGCAGUGUUUGGUACCUGCCGCCCAUGAACAGAGAGGAAGGGGAGGAUGCGAUGCAGUUUGCCAACAGAGUGAAAGCAGCCAUAGCUGCUCAAGGAGGAUUAGUGGAUCUCAUUUGGGAUGGAGGGCUUAAACGAGCAAAAGUGAAAGACGCUUUUAAAGAAGAGCAGCAGAAACUUUACAGUAAAGUUCUUGUAGGGGAGCAGGACGAGGGGGAGCAAAGUGACGACAUGCAUUUAGAGGAUGAAAAUCAAGAGGAGGAUGAAAAUCCAGAGGAUGAAAGCAAUCAAGAUUCAACAAAAGGACAAUGAGGACAUAGUGAAUGUAUGAUGUUAUAAAUACAGACUCUUAAUCUCAUACAGUGACUUCUUACAUAAUGGUGAUUGGGAAUUAUCAGAAGUAGAAAG